AUGUUCAGCCCGGACGGGGGGCUGCCGGCCGCCCCCUUCGGCCUCCUGCCCGACGGCGGCCCGCCUUUCCCGCGCGGCGCCUACGACGGCGCGGCCGCGCAGCAGCUCUUCUUCCCUUUCGCCGCCGAGCCCGACGGCGGCCGCGACGCCGCGGCGGCCCGCGCCUGGCUGCCCCCGGCCGCGGGGCCGCCCGCUAAGGCGGAGGCGCGCCCGGGCCGGCCCUGCCGCCAGGGCUCCCCCGAGGCCCGCGCCGCGCCGCCCGCCGCGCCCUGCUGCGGCCCCGCCUGGGCCGCCCCGCCGUGGGCCGGCCCCGCGCCCCCCGCCGCCGCCGCCGCCGCCGCCGCCGCCGCGCCCUUCCCCAGCGCUGCCGCCGCCGCCCCCUUCCCCGCCGGUCCCGGCCACGGGCUCUGCCCCGGCGCCCUGCAGCCGGGCUCCGGCGGCCUCGUCAGCCUGGGCAGCAGCGGCAGCUCCAGCGGCGCCGCCAGCGAGGGCGGACACUCCAGCGACAGCGGCGACGAGGAUGCACCAACCUCAGAAGAGCUGGAGCAGUUUGCCAAGGACCUUAAACACAAGCGCAUAAUGCUGGGUUUCACACAGGCUGACGUGGGGCUGGCUCUGGGCACUCUCUAUGGGAAGAUGUUCAGCCAGACGACCAUCUGCCGCUUCGAAGCGCUCCAGCUCAGCUUCAAGAACAUGUGCAAGCUGAAGCCGCUGCUACAGCGUUGGCUCAACGAAGCAGAGAACACGGACAACAUGCAGGAGAUGUGCAAUGCAGAGCAAGUGCUGGCCCAAGCCCGGAAGAGAAAACGCAGGACCAGCAUCGAGACCAAUGUGAAGGGAACGCUGGAGAGCUUCUUCCGCAAAUGUGUGAAGCCCAGUCCCCAGGAGAUCUCCCAGAUCGCUGAAGACCUGAACCUGGACAAAGAUGUUGUCCGGGUCUGGUUCUGCAACCGGCGUCAGAAAGGCAAGCGGCUGCUGCUGCCCUUUGGCAAUGAGACGGAGGGGGUGGUGUACGACAUGAACCAGUCCCUGGUGCCCCCUGGCCUGCCCAUCCCGGUGACAUCCCAGGGCUAUAGCUUAGCGCCAUCCCCUCCGGUCUACAUGCCACCCUUCCACAAGGCCGAGAUGUUCCCUCAAGCUCUGCAGCCUGGGCUCUCCAUGAACAACAGCAGCCACUGAACCAGGGCAGGCAGAAGUGUGCCCCGACUGCAGCCCGUCCGUCCAGGGGCAGCGUCCUCCCCUUGCCCUGACAAGGCACGGGCAUGGCUCCGGCCCUGCUCCCAGGGCUUGUCUGGGCAGUGGCUGCGCUAUUUUACAGCUUUUGGGGCCUGAGGGGCUGAGGAAGGGCCGGGAGCCAAGCGUGGGGAUGGUGCCCGCUCUCUACAGUUGCUCCCAGCCCUUCCCAGUUACGUGAGUUCGCUGGUCCCAGCAGCCCCCCUGCAUGGGGUCAGCACCCUCCUGCCUUUCAGGGGUGUGGGGGAGAGCUCCCUCACUGUUACCUGCCAAAGCCAUGCGUGCCCGGGGGCUGGGUGGAGCCGCCUGUGCCUGGCCCCUGCCGAGCUGCUCCUGUGAGAACCAGAAAAAAAGCAUUUCUAAUUUUUUUAGGGGUGGGGGGAGGUUUUUUUUUUUUUUUUUAAUGGUUUUGGCUGUAUUUCUAGUUUUUAAAAAGCAAAAUUCUUUGUAGUGAUCACUAGUUUCCCAGAUGCCUCCUCCCUGUUAUAUAGAGCAGGGCUGGGGCAUUGCACACGGGGAGGGGGUGGUUCCCUGGUGGGCUCUGCCCACUGCUCCGGGUGGCUGGGGUGAGCCCAGGGCUAUUGCGUGAUGCUGCUGGGGGAGCCCUCAGCAGCCCCAGCCUCCAGCCCUGCUUGUCCUGGCAGCGCAGGAGGGUCACCCUGUUGCCUGCCCCCUGUGGCAGGGCAGGGUGGUGGGGCAGGGCCUCCCCUCCCAGCAUCACCCUGGAGCCUCUGGGCCCUCUUCACUCUAGCCAUUGUCUCAGCCCCUAGCUGGGCUGCCCUGGGGCUAUUCUGCAGGGGUCCCAGCCCAGGGCCCACAGUGGGGCUGAUGCCAUCCUGUCCAUGCUGCUAGCACCCCGUGCCUUUGAGCCUGCUGUAGUUGAUGAUGAUUUUUUUUUCCUUAAUCAUAUUCCCUCUGGCAGUGAAAUAAAUCUCAGUUCUUUGGGGCA